GACCCCUCUUUGGCCAAACCAACCAAUGGAAAAGACAUAUAAUGUGCUGGCAUAUCUCAAGCACAGCAUCCACGACGUGCAGUUAUGUUCGGCUCCUGAAUCCCAUAAACAGGCAGUUUCAGAGCAUUUGAUGUAGAUGGGUGCCACGGGGCUGCAGAGAUUUUGAUUCUGUCAAAGAAAAGAGCAAAAGUUUCAUCGCUUUUUCCUCUCUUUUACCACAAACAGUGGUUAGUUGUGUUGACAAUUGGAUUAGCAUUUUGGAGUUUGGAAAAUGGAGAUAGAGAAUGGCUUGAAUAGAAGACCAAAUAUGCAUGAUGAGGCCGCCACAUUAAAAGACAGUGUAGAAGCAGAGAAAAGCCCUGACAUGAAUGGUGAUGAAGAAGACUUGAAGAAGAGUAAAGAGGAACAGAAUACCAAAACUGUUCCCUUUCUCAAGCUCUUCUCGUUUGCAGACUCGAGAGAUGUUUUCUUGAUGAUAGUUGGCACAAUUGGUGCCAUUGGGAAUGGGCUAGGUCUGCCCCUUAUGACAAUAUUCUUCGGGGAAAUGAUUAAUGUUUUGGGAUUUAACCAGAACAACCAAGACGUCGUUCGUGUAGUUUCCAAGGUCUGUUUAAAAUUUGUCUACUUGGCAGCUGGGAUUGGUGUUGCAGGAUUCCUACAGGUGUCUUGCUGGAUGGUAACAGGAGAGAGACAGGCUGCACGAAUAAGGGGUUUGUAUUUGAAGACUAUUUUGAGACAAGAUGUGGCUUUCUUUGAUAAAGAAACAAACACUGGAGAGGUUGUUGGGAGAAUGUCUGGUGACACUGUUCUUAUACAAGAUGCCAUGGGUGAGAAGGUUGGGAAAUUUCUGCAGCUGGUAUCAACAUUCAUCGGGGGAUUUAUUGUGGCAUUUUUCAAAGGGUGGCUUCUUACCCUUGUCUUGUUAACCUCAAUUCCUCUUCUUGUGGCAUCUGGUGGUGUUAUGUCCAUCCUCAUAUCGAAGACGGCAUCCCAUGGACAGGGUGCUUAUGCAAAUGCUGCAAAUGUAGUUGAACAGACAAUCAGCUCAAUCAGAACAGUUGCAUCAUUUACCGGAGAGAAGAAAGCUAUAACUAAUUACAGAAAGUUCCUAGGAACUGCUUAUAAAGCUGGGGUUCAGGAAGGCUUGGUUUCCGGAUUAGGUUUUGCCAUGCUUAUGUUCGUCAUGUUCAGCAGCUAUGGUAUGGCAGUAUGGUUUGGAUCAAAGAUGAUACUGGAAAAAGGAUACAAAGGGGGUGAUGUGCUGAACGUGAUUAUGGCUGUGUUGACUGGAUCCAUGUCCCUAGGCCAGGCGUCUCCUUGCAUGAGUGCCUUUGGUGCUGGUAAAGCUGCAGCUUAUAAAAUGUUUGAGACUAUUAAGAGGAAGCCAGAGAUAGAUGCUUCUGACAUGAAGGGGAAAAUAUUGGAUGACAUUAAUGGAGAUAUAGAGCUGAGAGAUGUUGAUUUCAGUUAUCCAGCCAGACCAGAGGAGCAAAUAUUCAGUGGAUUCUCUCUUUCUAUCCAUAAUGGCACAACUGUAGCUUUGGUUGGACAAAGUGGAAGUGGGAAGUCAACAGUGAUCAGUCUAAUAGAGAGAUUCUAUGACCCACAGGCUGGUGAAGUUCUUAUUGAUGGCAUUAACAUCAAAGACUUCCAGCUUAAAUGGAUCAGAGGGAAAAUUGGUCUUGUUAGCCAAGAACCUGUAUUGUUUGAUUGCAGCAUUAAGGACAAUAUUGCAUACGGAAAGGAUGGUGCAACAUUUGAAGAGAUAAGAACUGCAGCUGAACUUGCAAAUGCUGCAAAAUUUAUUGAUAAAUUGCCUCAGGGACUAGAUACCAUGGUUGGUGAGCAUGGAACACAGCUCUCUGGUGGUCAGAAGCAGAGAGUUGCCAUAGCAAGAGCAAUUCUGAAAGACCCAAGAAUUUUACUUCUGGAUGAAGCCACAAGUGCACUUGAUGCAGAAUCUGAAAGGAUUGUGCAAGAGGCAUUGGACAGGAUUAUGGUCAACCGAACUACUGUCAUUGUUGCCCAUCGUUUGAGCACGGUGAGGAAUGCCGAUAUGAUUUCAGUCAUUCACAGAGGAAAGAUAGUUGAAAAAGGUUCACACUCAGAACUGGUCAAGGAUCCUGAGGGAGCAUACUUUCAGCUUAUACGCUUGCAAGAAGCAAACAAGGAGUCAGAACAAGCUGCAGACAAUCAAAACAAAUCCGAAAUUACUUCUGAAUUGUUUAGACAGUCAAGUCUGAGAAACAGUCAAAGAAAGUCAUUCCUAAGAUCCUCAAGUCGGGGAUCAUCGCUGAAUGGUAGCAGCGGCCGUUCAUUCUCUCUCACAGCAUUUGGUUUGCCCACAGAAGUCCCCAUCCAUGAUAAAUCAGUGGCAGAACCAGUAGAAAAGUUUCCGAAGGUCUCAAUCCGCCGCCUUGCCUACCUCAACAAACCAGAGAUUCCAAUUCUUCUUCUUGGGGCUAUAGCUGCGGUCAUCAAUGGCGCAAUACUUCCAUUAUUUGGCAUACUGCUGUCGAGGGUAAUCAAAUCAUUUUUUGAACCACCUCAUCAACUGAGAAAGGAUUCAAAUUUUUGGGCAAUAAUGUUUGUGAUCCUUGGUGUGGUAUCAUUUCUGUCAGUUCCAGCACGAGCAUACUUCCUUUCUGUGGCUGGUUGUAAGUUAAUCGAACGUAUAAGAGUGAUGUGUUUUGAGAAGUUGGUUCACAUGGAGAUUGGUUGGUUUGAUGAGCAUGAGCACUCAAGUGGCUUAAUUGGUGCUAGGCUCUCAGCAGAUGCAGCAACAGUGCGUGCCCUUGUUGGAGAUGCACUUGGUCAGAUGCUUCAUGUUAUUGCUUCAGCAGUUGCCGGUUUGGUCAUUGCAUUUGUUGCAAGUUGGCAGUUGGCAUUUAUUGUCCUUGCAUUGAUUCCUCUUAUUGGAAUCAAUGGAUAUGUUCAAUUAAAGUUCAUGAAAGGAUUCAGUGAAGAUGCAAAGAUGAUGUACGAGGAAGCAAGCCAAGUUGCUAAUGAUGCAGUUGGGAGUAUAAGAACAGUUGCUUCUUUCUGUGCCGAAGAGAAGGUGAUGCAUCUAUACAAAACCAAAUGUGAAGGCCCAAGGCAGGCAGGGAUAAGGCAAGGCUUGAUCACUGGAAUAGGAUAUGGGACAUCUUUUAGUUUGCUGUUUCUUGUCUAUGCUUCCAGUUUCUAUGCAGGUGCUCGACUUGUUGAGGCUAAAAGAGCAACAUUCUCAGAUGUUUUCCAAGUUUUCUUUGCUUUAACCAUGGCUGCUAUGGGAAUUUCUCAGACAAGCUCCAUGGGUCCAGAUACUGGUAAAGCCGGGAAUGCUGCUGCUUCCGUAUUUUCGAUAGUAGACAGAAAGUCAAAGAUAGAUCCAAGUGAUGAGUCUGGCAUGAUAAUGGAUAAUCUGAAGGGAGAAAUUGAGCUUAGUCAUGUAAGCUUUAAAUAUCCAUCUAGGCCAGAUGUUCAGAUUUUCCGAGACCUCAGCUUGGCUAUUCAUUCCGGCAAGACAGUUGCCCUGGUUGGAGAAAGUGGGAGUGGGAAAUCUACAAUCGUUUCAUUGUUGCAAAGAUUUUAUGAUCCGGAUUCUGGUCAUAUUAGGCUUGAUGGAGUUGAAAUUGAGAAGUUUCAGGUGAAGUGGUUGAGGCAGCAGAUGGGUCUUGUAAGUCAAGAGCCAAUUUUGUUCAAUGACACUAUCCGUGCCAACAUUGCAUAUGGAAAGGAAGGAAAAGCAAUUGAGGCAGAAAUUGUAGCCGUAGCAGAGUUGGCUAAUGCUCACAGCUUCAUUAGUGCCUUACAACAGGGUUAUGAUACCAUAGUUGGAGAACGUGGAGUCCAAUUGUCCGGAGGGCAGAAACAACGUGUAGCCAUUGCACGAGCGAUGAUUAAAAGUCCAAAGAUAUUACUGUUAGAUGAGGCUACGAGUGCACUAGAUGCUGAAUCCGAAAGAGUGGUUCAGGAUGCAUUGGACCGAGUCAUGGUUAACCGGACUACGGUUGUUGUAGCCCAUCGAUUAUCCACCAUCAAGAAUGCUGAUGUAAUCGCAGUGGUUAAAAAUGGAGUCAUAGUAGAGAAAGGAAAGCAUGACAAUUUGAUUAAAAUCAAGGACGGCUUCUAUUCCUCCUUGGUUUCACUUCACACAAAUGCUUCAACUGCAUGAUCUUCUUGUUAAAUUAUUUCUCUUUUGAUUUUGCAAGGUAGAGGGAAUCAAAUACAUAAAUGUAUGUUGUUUUUUUUACUUUUUCUGAAGAAAAAAAAAAUUAAUAUUUUUCUUCAUAAAUAAAUGAUUUAUUGACUGUUGUAUAA